AUGUGGCACAAUAUUAGUGCUGCCCCCUUUUUGCUGACUGGAUUCCCAGGCCUAGAGGCAGCUCAUCGCUGGAUUUCCAUCCCCUUCUUUGCAGUCUACAUCUUUAUGCUUCUUGGCAAUGGCACUCUCCUCUACCUCAUUAAGGAUGACCACAGUCUCCAUGAACCCAUGUACUAUUUCCUUUCCAUGUUGGCAGGUACAGAUCUGAUGGUGACAUUGACCACAAUGCCAACUGUAAUGGGUAUCUUAUGGGUGAAUCAUCGGGAGAUGAGCCACGGAGCCUGCUUCCUGCAGGCCUACUUUAUUCACUCCCUUUCCAUUGUGGAAUCUGGUAUCUUACUUGCCAUGGCCUAUGACCGUUUUAUUGCCAUCUAUAAUCCCUUGCAAUACGCUUCUCUUCUCACCAAAACUCGAGUGAUAAAGUUAGGGGUGGGAGCUUUUAUGAGGGGUUUUAUAUCCAUCAUGCCUAUAAUCUUGCGUCUUUUUUCAUUUCCAUAUUGCCACUCUCAUGUUCUCUCCCAUGCUUUCUGUCUUCACCAAGAAGUAAUGAAACUGGCCUGUGCUGACAUAACUUUCAAUACACUUUAUCCUGUAAUUCUUAUUUCUUUAACAAUCUUCUUAGACUCCAUGAUCAUCCUUUUCUCCUAUAUCUUAAUUCUGAAGACUGUUAUGGGCAUAGCCUCUGGUGAAGAGAAAGCCAAAGCUCUCAAUACCUGCAUCUCCCACAUCGGUUGUGUCCUCAUCUUCUAUGUCACUGUGAUCAGUUUGUCAUUCAUACACAGGUUUGGGAAGAAUGUGCCACAUGUGGUCCAUAUUAUAAUGAGCUAUGUCUACUUCCUGUUUCCUCCUUUAAUGAAUCCUAUCAUUUAUAGCAUCAAGAACAAGCAGAUUCAAUAUGGCGUUCUCCGCCUUUUAUCUAAAUAUAGAUGUGGAAGUUAA